AUGCUCUAUCUAAUUGGCCUUGGUCUCGGCGACAAGACGGACAUUACCGUGAAGGGACUUGAAAUUGUGAAGCGGGCCAAGCGAGUCUACCUGGAGAUCUACACCUCCAUCCUCGGUGAUGACCACAAGGAGCUGGAGGGCUUUUACGGGCGAAGUGUCAUCCCCGCAGAUAGAGAAUUUGUGGAAAUUAAUGCCGAUGAAAUUCUGAAUGGUGCCGAUGUUGAUGACAUUGCAUUCCUCGUGGUGGGUGAUCCUCUAGGAGCAACCACGCACACUGAUCUCAUCUUGCGAGCAAAAGAACGUAAGAUUGACUACCGACUGGUGCACAAUGCAUCGAUCAUCAACGCUUGCGGCGCCUGUGGUCUGCAACUGUACAACUUUGGAGAGGUGGUCUCCAUUCCACUGUGGACUGACUCCUGGAAGCCUACCAGUUAUGUGGAGAAGAUCUGCCAAAACCUCAAAGCUAACCUGCACACACUUUGCCUACUCGACAUAAAAGUCAAGGAACAAUCAAUUGAAGCCAUGAUGAAGGGCAAGAAAGAGUACCUGCCGCCGACCUUCAUGUCAGCCAGCGUAGCCUCUCACGUAGCCUCUCAGCAGCUGAUUGACUCGAUUCAAGAGCUGCCAGAGCUUUGCGCUGCCGUCAACCUGAGCGAGGACAGCACCUGCGUGGCCCUUGCUCGGGUGGGAAGUGAAAGUCAGAAGAUUCACAAGUGCACCCUCAAGGAGAUGAUUCAAGUGGACAUGGGCCCGCCGCUGCACUCGCUCAUCGUCGUCGGCAAGCUGCACCCCAUUGAGGAAGACAUGUUAAAGCUGUUUGAAUAA